AUGAACAUCUUGCAAAAACCUCCAACUAAACUGACCUCAGAGGUUUUGUUAAGUGACCCCGUCAGACUGUGGUUGCCUCAUUCACAAUCACCGAUGAAACAUGUGGAAAUCCUGGAAAUAAGGGGCAUUUUUAAAAAGAUUGUAAAGUUUCAAGAAAUGAAACCUAUCGAGGAUACGUUGAUGAUAUUAAACAACAGAAAAAAGAAGCCUAUAAAUCUAAACAAAGGCAGAAAAAAUGAUUACAUUAAAAAAAGACUGUCAAGUAGAAAGAACAAAAAGAUCAUAGGCAAUAAAAAAACGAAAAAUGGCACCAUAAAAAAAAUUCCCAAUGGUCCUUUAAUGAAGUGGAACAAGAAAAAAUUUGUUGAAAGGGAAUUCGGAAAGGCCAGAAGAUCAAAAAGACCCAACAAGCACCUAUCCAGUGCGAAACACAGAAAGCCAAAAGAAGAUGAGAUGUAUAGCGAGGUCAAACGUAAGACACCAAGAACAAUUAUUGAAUUAUUCCCAAGACUUAGCAGAAAUAAGAAACAAGUUCGAAAAACGAAGGUACUGGACAGAAGACCCAACUCUUCCAGUAAAGCCUUAGAAAGAACUGGAUUAUCGAUUCCAGUGUCUCCAAAUGGAGACAAACACCAAGAACUUGUUCAUAGCGCUGAUGGAGAAAUGUUUUCUAAAGAAGAAACUAUAAGUACUAUAAAGAACGAAUUGAGAAGACUGCCUAUUCAUGAUGACGAGAAUAACACAAACAAGCAGUUUAAAUUUUUUUUUGAAGCAUUCGCCACAGUGGUCACCACUACAUUCGAUGGAUUAAAAGAGUCGGUCUUUUUGACACAUGCAACCACCCCCAAUUCUGAGAUAGUAUCACAAAGGUCCAAAGAGCUCCAUAAAUCAAAAAACAAUGAAUCAAAAAGCAGCAAAUCCUCCUUGGGAGCUACUACAGGCAUAUCAGUGAUUCCACCUACUAGUACUCAGAAUAAAAUAAUGUCCACUAAAGUGACUCCUUAUAUGAAUGAAAUCAGAGGAGACAAAGACUCACUGGAAAAGACGGCAAACAGACCAAAAACACUGAGCUGGGACAAAAGAGUUUUGGAGCUCACAGAAGCUCUACCCUUAACUACAGGCAUCUCCUUGGACCACUGGAUAAAAACAAACCUGGAAUUACAACCUAUGGAAAUUGGGAGUGGCAUAGUUGAUGACCAGAUAAAAAUAUUACUUCCUAACAACUCUGCUUUCCAAGUAGAGAGUAGUGGAGAUUCUCACAUAGAGGUAGAGCUUGGUCAUAGGAAUAGAACUCUACAGGUGACAGAACCAAAUCAUGUGCAAUCAACAGGAAGUACUCUCCCUUAUCCUACAGACCACAAAGGAAGUACUCUCCCUUAUCUUACAGACCACAAAGGAAGUACUCUCCCUUAUCCUACAGGCCACAAAGGAAGUACUCUCCCUUAUCCUACAUGCCACAAAGGUAGUACUCUCCCGUAUCCUACAGACCAAAAAGGAAGUACUCUCCCUUAUCCUACAGACCAAAAAGGAAGUACUCUCCCUUAUCCUACAGGCCACAAAGGAAGUACUCUCCCGUAUCCUACAGACCACAAAGGAAGUACUCUCCCUUAUCCUACAGGCCACAAAGGAAGUACCCUCCCGUAUCCUACAGACCACAAAGGAAGUACUCUCCCGUAUCCUACAGACCACAAAGGAAGUACUCUCCCUUAUCCUACAGGCCACAAAGGAAGUACCCUCCCGUAUCCUACAGAUCACAAAGGAAGUACUCUACAUUAUCCUACAGACCACAAAGGAAGUACUCUCCCUUAUCCUACAGGCCACAAAGGAAGUACUCUCCCUUAUCUUACAGACCACAAAGGAAGUACUCUCCCUUAUCCUACAGACCACAAAGGAAGUACUCUCCCUUAUCCUACAGGCCACAAAGAAAGUACUCUCCCUUAUCCUACAGACCAAAAAGGAAGUACUCUCCCUUAUCUUACAGACCACAAAGGAAGUACACUCCCUUAUCCUACAGGCCACAAAGGAAGUACUCUCCCUUAUCCUACAGACCACAAAGAUGGCAAUAUCACAAACACAGUCACUGAUGUCAGUGAAGAGAUACGUGAUAAUGUCUUCAGGCCCCUGGAGAUGGUAAUGAACUAUGGUUCUGAAACAACAUACUGCAAACCAGGAUACAAAUACUACGCUGGAGCGUGCAAAAGCAUGUGCAAUAUGGGGGAUUUCUACUGUGAAAAUGGUGGACAGUGUGUGAUCGUGGAAAAUUUGGGAGCAAUGUGCAGAUGUCACCAGACAAACAGCUUGUGUUACAGAGGAGAGUGCUGCCGGCUAUCCCUGACACCUCUCCAGUUAAUAUGUGUGAUUGGCAGCUGCUGCAUCUUCGUGUCAGUUUUCCUGGGAUCAAUCUCUCUCUUGAUCCGGAGAAUGGAUAUCAAGGCGGUGUCUAAAUCUGUGAGGACCAGACUAUGGAUUUCCACUUUGAUGCCGUCCUCAAGAUCUUCCUCUUUUUCUCAUUCAGUGGCAUCAGAGUUCACUGCAUGCUCAGAAUAUGGUUCUUCAGACCCGUCUUCAUUUACUCACAAUAAAGAGGUGACGUAUGGCGGCCGUACACUGAAAUGUGAGCGUACGCGACUUUGAGGGGUUUCUGCAGAGAUACCAGAAGCAGAUAUUGCAGUCUUAUGAUGAUUGUCUUCUUCAUAAAACCCUCAUAAUUCCCUCUCCAAUAUUCCUCAUUCCUCCGAUCCCAGAGCCUUUUUUUUUUCCUUUCCGCAAAUGCCUUGCAAUGGUCGUGCCGAAGACUUUUAGGGGUUGAGACAGGCAGUAAGGAGCGCUCUUCAUGUGUAAAUGAGCACUAAAUCUGGUGCAAUAACACACAUGGGAGUGCAGUGACUUUACUGGAGAUACAUAUUUUAUAUAUAGAGAUACAGGAGACAAAAAUAUGGAAACACUACAUGAUUUGCAGGUGCUAAAGUAACGACAUGUUUCAAGUUAAAAGCUGUCAGGAGAGCCACCGAUCGGUUCUCCUCAUCAGAUAAACGGGUCUUCCUGUUUACACUGGGGUAGAUUCAAGAAGCAAUUGCGCCUGUGUAACC